CAACAAAUACCCAACAUGUUGGUUUUCACUGCCACAGCGGGGUAUAGACAUGAUUCUAUCGAUACUGCCAAACAGGUGUUAGGAGAACAAGGGGGGAAUUAUAAUGUCUCUUUUUCCUUCUCAGAAGAUGCGAGCUUGUUCACUGAUGAUGGUUUGAGAGUGUAUGAUGGGAUUAUGUUCGCUUUGAACUCUGAUGAGAUACUAAAUACCGACCAGCAAGCCGCUUUAGCAAGAUGGAUUCAAUCGGGAGGUGUCAUCGUGGCUGUUCAUUCUGGUUGUGCUUGUCUCUACAACGACUCAGCAUUCAAUCAGAGUGUAGGAGCACUGUUCGACUAUCAUCCCAUGAUCCAAAGUGCCACAUUCACAAGACUAAACACUACCCAUCCUGCUACUUCGUCUCUACCCGAUCGAUGGACAUAUGACGAAGAAGUCUAUUAUUUCCGUUCUGAUCCAAGGAGUAACGGUGCGGUGGUUCUUCUAUCAGUGGAUGAGAGUAGUUAUAAUGAUGAUGGAUCUAGUUCUGGUAGUUACCCAAGUCAGGGAGAACCACAUCCUAUCGCAUGGUAUAUCGAAUCCCCAUUGUCAGCACAACCCCUCCUCUUGGGAGCUGUUAAAGCAGGACGAUCAUUUACCACUUCCCUUGGACAUUUGAAUUCCACAUGGCAAAACCAAACAUUCAUCGAUCACCUAAUGGGAGGCGUCACUUGGGCUCUGGAAGGAGCUUCCACCUUGGCUUACGGUGUCGGUAUAAUAGGUAAUGGAUCUGAAUCAUCUUCUCUGGCUUCUCCUACUUCAUCUUCUCCAAGUUCAACAAGUAACAGCAUUGGAUCAUCUAGCAAAGUUGCGUCAAGUACAAGUAAUAGCGCACCAUCUUCCAGUGGAUCGACCACAUCUUGGGGAGAACAAACAUAUAUACUCAAUCGACAGAGUUUGGGAUUGACUCUGGUAGUGGGAGUGUUGAUAGGUAUAUGGACGUUUUUGUGAAUCAGCCGAUGAUAGUGUGUACAUUAAGGACAAUAGUUUUCACUAUCUAGCAUCUAGCAUCUAGUACUAGUAAUAAUACUAUAUCUCUGCAUUAACAUAUAUCUUCAUC